ACUAGGGUCGGCCCGGGCCAUGCGGCUGUCGAUUUGCUUCAAUAUCCAACACCCAGCACGAGUGCACUUUUAUUCAUGAAAUCGACACUAAACUAGGAAGCGCAGCUUCAUAUGGAAGACGGACCUUUGAUAACUGUGGCCGAAGCCGAACAGCCCGAGGAAGUCGAUGUGCUGCCGGUCGCUCCAGAUGAGGUCCUUGAUGAUAUCCGGUCUACCUCUCGAGCCUGCCAGGAGCUGCUCGAGCGACUUCGAGAUGCAGAUAGCUCUGAAGAUAGAUCAGGGUCAUAUCCAGAUGCAUCCAGAGAGCUGACUAGCUUUUCUAUUUGGGCGUCUGGAGUCGGUGCCUUUCGCCAUGGCCAACAAUCUCUAGCCUCACGGCUGAAGACCUCGCCAGAGACUAGCAAUAUGAUGAAACAACUACUUCUAAGUUUAAAAGAUGAUCUUGAAAAUCAGUUGCAAUAUGGCGACGAUGCUGAGUUUGAUGCCAGUGAUACAGACGAGUCGUCCGAUGGAUCGUCAAUAGCAGUAAAGGAAUCCGAUUCAGAGGCAGCAGAUGGUAUCAGAAACAACUCUAUAACAUCGCAUGGUCUUUGGAUGUCGAUACACAACACCAUCACCAGUCUCCGCCAGAUUGGCAUCAGCCUUCAUCGUGGUGGAACACGGCACCGACAGGAACGCAUUGAUCGAUAUGUCAACCUCGAUCGCAACAAGCAGCAAUAUGAAAUGUUUAAACAUUUGGCAUUGCAAAAAGUCGAAUUCUUAUUCCCGAACGCAAGCUCUGUAUUGCAAGAGCGCAUGGCGAAAUCCAUUGCGACACGCCGCGCUCGAUUCUCCUAUCUUGAGCAACAUCAGGUUAAACUUCAGGCUAUGGAAACAGCCGAGAAGCCACAAGAGCCACAAGUUUCAAUACCAAAGGCUAUCAAAGCUGCUGUAGCUGUCAUGGAGGAACAGGAAACCAGGCUUAGCCCUCCGUCUCUACGAAGUAGAGCAAUGCCCUCUUUGCAUCAACGAACUGAACUAUCCCAUACCGUUGCUACCAAAAUUGAGAUGCCUAAAAAGGCUGAGUCGGUAGCUUCGGUACAAAUACCGAUACAUUCUCUACCACCUAUUCCAAUCAUAGAUAGGAUCACAUCGUCAUUCAAAUGCCCUUACUGCUCUCUUACCUGCCCAUCAACCGAAGCCAGCUCCGAAGAAGCUUGGCGCAGGCAUCUCAUUGGCGAUUUUGAACCUUUUUUCUGCACAUUUGACGAUUGCAGUGACGUAUUUGAAUGUUCAGCCUCGUAUUCGUCGUGGUUGUCGCAUAUACAAAAGGCACACAUGCAGUCCGAGUGGCAUUGUUGGUACUGUCGGGAUACAACUUCGGGCUCCCACGCCCAAUUUUCGUCAGAACAGCUCUUCAAAGAUCAUCUAACGAAUUUACACUCUGAUAGAGUAACUGAAACUGUCAUGUCUACGGUUAUUAAACAUAGCGAAGGCAGGAACAGCCUCGCGUGCCAGACAUGUGCUUUUUGUGGUGGAUAUCCUGAAGAGAUUGAAGCAUUGCAUCCCACAAGAGAGAGUCCAGAAGCUCUGUUAGUUCUCGAAAACCAUAUCAAAAGCCAUUUUAUGUCACUAUCGUUGAUCCUCCUUCCAGUUGUGAUCCAAGGAGAGGCACAGCAGGAUGGUGGUGGGGAGUCAGACGCAGACAGAGGCAAUGAAAGCCAACAGGACUCGGAAAAUUUGGAAGGUCUCACAGAUCUCACAGAUUUAUCAGAUUGGAACAAUAAGCCCCGUUUCAUAUCAGAAGUGAGCCUACAUUGUGCCAAUAAAGAGUGCGACUGCAGAGUCAAAUCAUCCAUUCCAUCCGGUAUCUUCUCCUCAUUCCCAGCUACCAUGCCAGCGGACGUAACCUCUGACGAACGUCGAUACAAUGCAAUUGAUCCUGCAUUCUACUUCCUAGCUGACGGAAAGGAAUGGGAGUUUUGGUAUCCUUUACCGUUGCCUCCUGGAUCUGAGCCAACAGCACCACAAUACCCUAACAUUGAAGAUGACAAGAAAUUACGUGACUACUUUCAGUUACAGACCAGAGAACCUACACGCAUCCAGAAGCGGGUGGGUUUCCUUGGCGGGCCGAGGGAACAGAUUCUUGGACAUUUAUAUAAGAAUUUCCAUAAACACAACCCCCCUUUUACGUGGUACAAGAAAAGGAUACCGAAAGCUGCUCUCAACACAUGCAAUUGGAUCUAUCAGAAUAGGCCCGUACAAGACUGGGUAGCUGGCAACACGAAACUUAUUGUAGUUACUGGCACUACAGGAACUGGAAAAUCCGUGCUGGUUAAGCACAUGUUGGAGCCAUCUUUUGCGGACUCCUGUUACUUCAUCUUUUCAGGUAUUGGUGCAAAUUGGUCGAAUCACGCACUGGCCGCCAUAUUGAUACAAAUACUGGAAGACCAGCCAGACUUUUACAGUAGCUCAAUUGAGGAGGAGGUGAAAUCAGAACACUGGAAGUAUCGGUCAUCAGACUUCCUGUGCGAGAUGCUGGAGCGGAUAGCGAGCAAAGGGCGUCUGUCGCGUGUUUUGGUUUUCUUGGACGGCAUUGAGCUCUGUAUGAAUCUUCCUGAAAUGCAAGAAUACAUACGGCGUCUUAUUACUGUUAAAGGCAGCUGCUUCCGAUUUUUUGUUACAUCUCAGAGCGAAGGGGCUCUGGUGUCACUUUUGACAGAUGUCCGAUUCCACAAAAGCUUGAUCGACUUGGAUAACACGCCAGAUGUCGUAUCAGAUGCUGAGAUGGUGACAAAUCGUCAUCUAACAUUUAUGACCAAGAACGGGGGUUGGUCAUCUGAAGUUGCUAGCUGCCUUAGAUCACACAUACGGACACACCAACGGAACUUUCUUGAUGAUGCGUUCGUUAUUCAAUAUCUUGACUGGAAGCGCCCCUCUGCUAGCGCAUCGGAAGCAGUCCCAGCUGAUUACGGGAGUGUUGUAAACCGGCUGAUGCACGAAAAAUGGUCUAGCGAAAAAGACCGCAGGCUAAUAUUCAUGGCGGCAAUGUCGGAGUGGCCUCUCACAAUGGACGAAGUGGCCAAUAUAAUGGCCAUGGGUGAUAUUGAGAACGAUCCGAAUAAUGGGAACAUCAGCAAUGUCUUCCGUAAGCAUGCAAAUCUCGAAAACAUUGAGACGUAUCUAGAGCGCUUUGAACCACUCAUAUUUAUAUGCGAUGGCCGACUAUCGUUUGACCAACGACUGUUUCUCGGCACCAUGAUAAAGCCAUCGCCGCCAUCUCCCAAUCUCACAAAUGAUGUCGCUUUUCUACAUAUGGAAGAUAUUAGCAAGGUUGUAGCGACUUCAUGUGCACUUUACUUGAAUAUCUUCAAUCGCAUGACAAGAUCUACGUUGGAAGACGUUGGUGCCGUCAGUUUAUUGCCAUAUGCUGCCAGGAAUUUUAUCUAUUUCUUGCAAGGGAGCCACACAAUGGAUCUUAGAGAGAUUUCUAUGAAACUAUUUGAUACGUCAUCUCGGAGCUUUCAAGUAUGGUACUCUAGUUACCAGUCUACUCAGGGGGCAAACUACUCAGUCCCAAUUUUACCCUGCAACUCGGCGAUAGUAUCAGCCUUCUUCGGUAUAGAUUGGCUCACUGCCCGCUACCUAGACGAUGGUGAAGAUAUUAACGGGACCGAUGCAUCUGGUCGUACAGCGCUUUCUUGGGCUGCAUCUAGUGGACGACUGAAAAUAGUUACAACAUUGGUUAAACGAGGUGCAGAUAUAAGCGCCAAAGACAAGCUUGGGAGAACAGCACUCACAUGCGCAGCCGCUUCUUAUCAAAUGGUAGCUGCCAAACUUCUGCUAGACUCUGGUGCCAUGGUAGAAGUACAGAUGAAUCCAGACCACACUGUGGUUACAGCGGCGGUCAGAGAGGGCAUAACCAGUAUGAUCCAAAGCUUCAUGACAGCAGGUAUUGACUUCUCAUCAAGAGCGACUCUGUUGAAGUUAUCACUGGAACAUAAAAAGGAUGACAUAGCAAAGCUAUUUCUGGAAACAGGUGCAACGAUUGAUAUCAUAGACCUCGACAACGACAUGCUCCACUCAUUAACGCACGAUGCCUACACUGGAUCGAUCAAGAAUGGUGUUCUGCUUAAUUAUACGCAACAGUUUGGAAAACGUCGUAGUCGAUUUCCAAGGAAUUCAUUAAUUCGACUGCACCCUACUGACAUUCAGAAAGCAACCUUCCGCCUAUAUGACAACGCAGCAGCAUUGGACAACGAGUUCGCCCCCUAUGUUCAAGCGCUGAAAGAUUUGGAAUUGGGAGUCGGGCGCCGGCCUGGGCUACGAAAAGCUGCCUUUGGCAUAUGGAAGGACGUGCGGCGCUUCCAGAACGAGAGAACCCUUUUUGCCCUCGGCUUUGUGGCAGCAAAGACCUUGUGCAUAGAUUCGUCACCACAGUCCAUCAGCCGCAGGAUAGGCUGGCUUGAAACAGCAACUCAAAUUACCGAUGUGACCAGUCAAAUUGAUUUUGACUUUCUUCAAGCGAGCGAGCAAUUGCUGAUAGAGCAAUACGAAGCUAAUGGGCAGAGAGCAGACGCCAUUAGGGUGCUUCUGAAUAUUUGCAAUCGCCAGCAUCCUUGGCUUCCGACACCAGGUAUCAGUAGACUUGGGAUUUUAGUAGACUUAGCAAGACUCUAUGCUGAAGACGACAAUAUGGCCGAGUCAAUUGCGAUGCUGCAGAUAGUUUUAGAGGCACUGCCCUCUGAUCCAAAGACGCUGUAUAAGAUGGAAUAUCUCAAGUCAAAGCACCGAGACCCUACGAGCUCGGGUAUCGUUGAUGAAACUGGUUUACCAGGACCUUAUACAUCCGAGGACGGGUUCGUCGAGCCGGAAUUUGAAUCCGAUCGGUAUGCUGUACUCCACAUACUUCUUGUCGCAUAUUGCGAUGACAAAGCUUAUGAGAGUGCCUGGAAGGUCGUAGACCGACUUAAUGCUAUCAUGAGAGAUAGAGAUCGCGGUUAUAAGCACUGGCUGAAGAAGCCUUAGCCUUCUCCAGGUGUAUAAUUAAUUGUGUUGCAAAGCUGUCCUUUCAUAACUAUCUUUAUUGGGUUCUGUCAUCUUGCAUCAAUACUUGCUAUGAUCGACUAGCCGUGGUCGUACGAAGCACUUUUGUGGUUUGUUGACCACAUUCAAAUAUCCUUCAUACCCUGAAAGCUCCACUGGGCACUUGUCAAGCUCAAACAUCCACAGUAUUCUCGUAAGCAGCAUACGGACUUCCAAAUACGCCAGUCGUCUUCCAAAACAUCCUCUCGGCCCUGCGCCAAAGUUAUCAACGGCUCCGGCGCUCGCAUCAAAUAUCGUCUUGCCAUCAACUUCUUUUAGCCAACGCUCAGGCUUGAAUUCGUGUAAAUCAUCUUCGUUUUCCCAAAUUCUCGCCAUCUGGCUUUUCUUGGUUUCUUGUGAUGUAGUGCUCCGCAGACCUUCGUCGAUUUGUAGGGAUGGCUCGUGGUAUCCAGGACCCUUGUUCAUCAAGAGGAUAUUUGUACCUUUAGGGAUAUACUUGCCAAGAAGGACUGUAUCGUGCAUGGCCUCUCGAAUGGACCCAGCUGACGUCGGGAUAUAUCGAAAAGAUUCUUCCAUGAAUGCAUCCAAAAAGGGCACAGAAGUGCUAGCCAUUUCAGCAGCAGACGGCAUACGGUUCUCCGAAAAUGCUGUUGGAUAUGCGUCAAAGAGAAUUCGACGGAGUUUAGAUUGGUAUUCUGGCUUGUCGGAGAGGAGCUUGAGCAUCCAACUCAUGACAGCCGAUGAAGUAUCAUGGCCGGCAACGAUGAAAAGAUAUGUCUGCUUAGUGUUAGCACUCCACCAAGUUAUUACGAAAUUGUCGACAGAUUCGGUACCUCUCCAAUCAUAGAUGCUGAAAAGAAGUCUGGCUCACGGCCUUGUCGUUCAGCUUGUCGCGCUUCGCGGUCGACCAUAAGGUCGACAGCGUGAAGAAUACGUGGCUCUUCUGUGCUCUCAGCGCGCUUUUGAAUGGCCUUUGUGAUUUCUGUCUUAAUCAUAUCGGCUUUGCGGCGCAUUAGCAUUUUAAAUCGCGACGUGUACUUGUACUUUUGCCAGCUCAGAGAAUACACAACACUAUUCAUAAUCUUUCCACUAUACCAGACAAGAUCAAGCGCUGCUCCCAGGCUUGGGUGGUAUUCCGCCUCGCCAAACUCCAGAGGAACAUCGAGAUCGAUGUCUCCAUCCGUAAUCGACAUGCCAUUUACUAGCUCGAGCUGUGGCUUGAGUGCGGAGUAGGGAUAUUCGGGGCCAAAUGCAAAGGCUAGCACGCCGUCCAAGGUUACCCGAGACAUGUCGUCCUCAGCAGCAAAAGGGCGUCCCUGAGCGAGCUUGGUUUUCACUUUCCACAGUUCGAUGAAGUUGUCUGAAGCAAUCUCGAUAUUGGGCGUUGCAACAGUUUGUAAGAAAUUCGGUGUCAUGGUGUCUUGAACAAGGCGACGGUGCAUCUUAUGCUUCGAACCAGACUGAAGAUGAAUCUGGCUGGGACCAACGACUGGGUCUAGAAUAUCCGCAAGAGAUGAGGGCCGGUCAAAGUCUUUAGCUCGCUUCGUCAUAACAUCCAUAGUUUCUCGCGGAUCAGAUAGAAUGACCAUGGGCUUGGUGAAAGGGUUGAGGAAGACUUGCUUAAGCGGCGAGUUGGAGGAUUUGGCCUGCUUCACAAACCAUUGUGCAAAGUCUCCUGUGCUGGAAAGCUCAUGUAAGAAGUUGGGAAUAUCCCCAAGAAUGCGAGAUUCUGAGCCCUCGUUGUACGGAAUUCCGGGAAUAGGCUUAGGUAGCAGACGGCGGUAGAUGAUGUACAGGGUCGCAACGGUUGCCACUCCCAAGAGGGCAAGAUUGGCUGUAGUAGGCAUUGCUAGUGUUGAGUAUAGAAAAACAAGACGCUGGUAUGAAAUUAAAGAGAUAAAUGCCGCCCUGUAGUUGUUUGUUAGGUAUAUUGAGGGGGGGACUUCUGUGCUUUCAGAAG